AUGGCAGACUUGACGUCUGUGACUGCGGAUGGCAUCGAUCGGAUGGUUGUCGAGGAUUUGGACCUCAGCCCGUCGGCUUCCGGUGGCUUUGCGGACGCAGACGUCUCUUUGGCCGGGGCGGCGGAUGCCAGGUUCGCCUGCGAGUGUGGAAAGCUCCGACUCUACUAUUCCAUGUUUGGCAAAGAGGAGUGGUGGUGGAUCAUGGACGACUCCCUGGCGGCCAUAGGCAAACACUUGAACAGCCAAGGCUACUGCGUGUUGGACAACUUCCUCACCGACACCCAGGCCCAGGAGCUUCGGAGGGAGGUGGCCACAUGCCACAAGGCUGGGCGUUUGGAGGCCGGGGGGUUGGUGAACGGGAAGCUGCCGUCGGCCGACGAUGCCAAGUACGCCGACCGCAAGACGCGGGGCGACGUCAUUGGGUGGUUUGAUAGUGGCCAGGAGGAGUGGCCACACGGCAGAGGCUUGGAGGGCUACCUUCUGAAGCUAGGUACCCUGGUAUCCGAACUGCAAGCGACUGUCCCCGAGCUGUCGAAGAUCACAUCCCGCUCAAAGGCCAUGGUGGCCUGCUACCCUGGAGGCGGAGCACGCUACGUCAAGCACGUGGAUAACGAUGGCAAGCAUGCCCUUUGCAAGACAAGGCUUCUAACUGCAUUGAUCUAUUUGAAUGAUGGGUGGGAGGAUGGCGAUGGAGGCGAGCUUGCGAUCUUCAGAGCUGAAGAUGAGAACGCGGUUCGCAGAGUCGUCGCUCCGGUUGCCAACCGUGUCCUCCUCUUUUGGUCCGACUGGCGGACUCCUCAUGAGGUUCGGCCGUCGGAGAAGCUGCGCUACUCUGUCACGCUCUGGCUGCUGGACAACACGAAGAAGGGCCCAGACGAGCAGCAGGGCUACCAAGAGACGCCUCAGCCACAGCCCUCGCAGCUUUUGCAGCCUCCGCCGCCGCAAACUGACGAAGAUGCGGGCCUUGCGGAGAUCACUUGCCCCGAUGUGCAGCACGAAUGGAGCCUCCGGCCUGAGCUAUGGGAGCUGAAAGUGCUGUUUCAGAGCGAUCCGGCCGAGUGCCCGGCGCUGGAGCUGUCAGACGCACUCGUCCGUCUCCUGCGCGCCGGGGUGUCCAUUCUGUGCCUGCCUCUUCCGGCCGGCGCGUCCGGAGCUCCUCUCUCCAAGUGGUCCAAGAAGAAGCGCACUCUGACAAUUCAGUUCCAGCGCGACGCGGUGCCGGCUUCACCGAGCCAAAAUCCACAUCCUGGCUUCGCAAAUUUCGUGGAGCAGCUCACUUCCCAGGGUUGGGGGGUGAUCGACGGCUUCUUGCCAGGCCCAGAGGCAGACGAGCUGAGGUCCUACGUGCUUCAGCAGAGAGCUUCUGGGAAGCUGAAGACGGGCAAGAACUCCCAUGAGGGCCCCAUCAGAGCCCUCGAGGAUGGAGAGAAGAACCCCAUGAAGAACGACGAGUACACAUUCUGUGACUCGGAGCACCUGGAUGCCCCUUGCUUGAGGGAGCUCACCCGCCGCUGCAACCAGCUCCUAGCCAAGCUGAUGGUCGGAUCCUGCGAGGGAGGAACCAACCUACUCCAGGGUCACCCCAUGAUGGCCGUUUACCCCGGGAAUGGGUCGGCCUAUGGCCGGCAUUUGGACUCCACAGCCGGCGGCAGGGGUGCAAAUGGGCGAGUGCUAACGCUCGUUCUGUACUUGAACCCCUUCUGGCGAGAGGAUCAUGGAGGCUGCCUCAGGAUUUUGAAGCAGCUAGCUGACGAGGGGAAAUCUGGCAAAGAUGUCGAGCCGUUGCAUGGUCGGCUGGUGGCUUUCUUCUGUCAGGACCAAAACCCCCACGAAGUCCUCCCUGCUUUUGCGGACAGGGUCGCAGUCACCAUUUGGUACUACGAUGGAGAUCGUUUGAAGGAGCGCUGUGUGGGCGACGAGGCUGCGCUGACUGGCGUCUUCGAAGGCGGCUAG